CUACUUAUUUCACAUCUUCUCUGCAGUGCAACCUCUUUUUCUUCUUAUGACCCUCUGAGUUUCUCUACCUUAUUUAUGCUUCAAUAUUUCUGCCUUGCCAAACAUUGCACUGGUUACUUUACCUUUCCCCUCUCUCUGCUUUUUGUCCACUCAUGGCUUUUCUCUCAUUUUUUAGCUCUUUCGUAUAUCUUCUCCUUCUUACAUAUUUCCCCCCCCUUUCUGUCUUUCUUUUUAUAUCUUCUCCUGCUGUCUCCUUUCUGACAUCCCACUUCCAUCCACUGUCUUAUUCUACCUUCCUCUUGACAUUUUGUCUCCAAGCUGUUCCUUUUAUUAUUGUCCUUUUCAUCCCUUACAUUUACAUAUAUAUGUAAAAUAAUAAAUAAUGUAAUAAAUAUUUAUAAUAAUAUAUUACAUAUAUAUGUGUACACAUAUACCUGUACUCUACUCCAUGUCUUCCAUUCUCCAGAUGAAACAAAGGAAUUACUCAUUGCUGAUGGUCUGAUCCUAUUGCAUCCCGUCCUCAGCACCUGAAAUACACUGCUCCUGCCCAUUGCCAACACAUAUAUUGAGUAGACUGAAGAAUUAAGUGUGUGGGAAAUGUUCCUAAAUUCAGAAGUGUACUUAGGAAAGCAUCUUGCUCAGUGUGCACUGUGAACAGAGCAGCUGUUAUGCUCUGACUGACAAUACUGGAGGAGGACUACAAGUCCUUUGAAUUCAAGGACCUAAGGACAUUUUCUUUACAUUUCUCACUUUCAGGGUUUUUUUAAUGAAAAGAUUAUAAUAUUAGGUAAGGGACACUACCAUCUCUUUGAAUUAUCCCUUGGAUCCUGGACUGACACAAAAUAAGACCUCACUAAAUGGUGUGUUUUUACCCAAUCGUUUUGGUUUAUACAUUCAUUAAGCCACUUUUCUGCAGUUAUUGGGAGAGAAAUGCUUUCUCUUUAUCAGUUCUAAGCUUUGUCUCUGAAAAGGGCUCUAUAUGGGGUGAGACUGGGAUCCUGGCUUGUCAAGCUUCCCCUUUCUUUGGAGCCAAAGGGAGAGGCGAGAGCUGUGACUGCAGGAUCAUAUGCAUUGGGUGGGAGAUGGAAGAAUAGAUGUAUAAACCAAAAAUACUACAUUAACCUCAGAGGGCGGGGGGUGGAGUAGUUUAAUAAUUAUUACCUUUGACUAUCACUGAGAACAAACACCAUCAUUGGGGAUCAAGGGCAAAUGUUAAAUUUUGCUAUUUAAAUAAGAGUCUUCUUUUAAAAUAAAUCAUUUAAUAAUUAAACUUUCUCUUUUUUUGUCAUUCAAAGAGCAUACUACUGACUGGCUGGAAUGAAAACAGCUCUAUCCCACGGACUCCACCUCUGCUUUCUAGCAGCUUACCUGACUCAUAAAGAGAGUGGGGGGUUUUAUAUGCCACCUACAUCAACUCAACAUUUUCCUUUGUGGUGAGAGUUAAUCACCACCCUUGUCAUAUUAUUUCACCCUAUUGAAGUCAGGAUUCUUCACCUUUCAAACCAGCCUUAAAACAUAGGGUGAAAUUUUUUUCUGAAUUUGGUAAAGUAUAUAGGUGGUCCAUUGCAGUAAGGUUCUCUGUGUUGUUAAAAAACAGCCUUUACCCUCACUCUCAGGAAAGAGUUUCCAUUUGCAGAGAACACAUCUCUGACAUGAGGUGUGCCACCUGGAGAGUUGAGAUCCUCAGCCUGAAGGUAGAGGACCAUCCCCCAGGUAAUCAUUGCAGGUGGUGUGUGUUGAGGAGCAAACUGUGGGGUUUUAGCCAUGAUCAGGAUUUAGCCAUGAAGAGGGUAAAGUUUUGCUUAUAUUAGACAUAGUCAGAAAAACUAGACAUGCUUUGGGCACAUAAAAUCUCUCCUUAUAACCUGUUUGUAUAAUCUGUGUGACUCUGUCUCUUGUGGGCAGAAAGAUCAUCCGUAGUAGACUGAUAUUUGUGAAGCAGAAAAAAAUUACGUGAAAGAAGACUGGAAGGUAGGAAUGAGAAAAAAACACAGAGAUGGCAAUAUAAUGGGUACAGUAUGUAUAGAAGGCAGUGGAGGAAGGGAUAGGAGGAACAAAAAGUGCACCUCCUGAAAGGCUAUUGGGGGUUACAAAGAGCACAGAAGUUACCCUUCCUCCUGGAAAAUGUGAGGAAGCUUAGGCAGAAAAGCAUGUGACUUUUUGCAGAAGAAAUUCUUGAAAUGAGGUACAGGAAGGGUGGAGAGGAAGGAACUGCUGUGGAGCUCAGUACUUCAGAACACCUGAUGUGAAGGAGAGCCGGGGAAAUAAUUUGCUCCAACACCCAGCGAAAGAUUUCUCAGGAUGCCAGAGCCAGCGAAGUCAACCUCAGCCCCCAAAAAGGGCUCCAAGAAAGCUGUGACAAAGACCCAGAAGAAGGGCGAUAAGAAGCGGCACAAAAGCAGGAAGGAGAGCUACUCCAUCUAUGUCUACAAGGUGCUGAAGCAGGUUCAUCCUGACACUGGUAUCUCCUCCAAGGCCAUGGGCAUCAUGAACUCUUUCGUCAAUGACAUCUUUGAGCGCAUUGCUGGAGAAGCCUCCCGCCUGGCCCAUUACAACAAGCGCUCUACCAUCACCUCCCGGGAGAUCCAGACAGCCGUGCGCCUGCUGCUCCCAGGAGAGCUGGCCAAGCAUGCUGUCUCUGAAGGCACCAAGGCUGUCACCAAGUACACGAGCUCCAAGUAGCCGGACAUCACCUCUGCAGCGGGACCAUCAAGCGCCAGGCCCUCCAUGCAAGCACGGGUAAGCAGCCAUGGUCUGGAUAAACGUCACAGCUACUAUCCACAGCAAUUUGCAGCCUUGGGAUGGGCAUGAAAAGCUGCCCAGUGGAAGAGGAGACAGUGAUCUGGAUGUCAGCUGAUUUUCGUAGUCUGCUCAGGACAUGGAAAGGAUUUGUCAAGGCUGGUAGAGGAGGCUCUUGCUUUCACAUCUCAUUCAAAGAACUGACCAACCAUACUGUAUCCAGUCUCCUCUGUGCUUGGCAAACAUGCCUGUUUGGCACUGGCAGGGGAGACUGGCAGUGGCAGAGACACAAUCCCUGAAGUCUUCCUGUUUGACUGCUUUGUCACAGUCAUCUGAUAUGGGCACUGAGGAGUCAGCACUGGCAUCCUCUCUCUCAUAGCCUGGAUCCCUCGUGGUGUGCAGUGGCUCAGCCCACCCUGUGCUGGCAGAAGCAACAGCUACCAGGCACAUAUUGAUUCAACAGCUAUCUGUGCUUGACAGCCUGUUUUAAAGAGCAAGCCUGGCAGGCAGGCAGAUGCCCAAGUUGAUACCAAGUGCUAAUCCUCCUCAUUGCUCCCGAUGAAUGAGCCGUGGAGCAGGCUGAGGGUGCUGGCACUGCCCACUGCUUCCACCUUGUGCCAAGGUGGAGAGACGGACAAGGUGGGAUGUUGGGACUGGGUCACUACCUUUCCUAGCUGCUGCUGCUUUGCCUGCUUUAGGACUUGCUUUGAUGUGCCAGACUUUGCUAAUUCUGCUGCUUUUCACAGACUUUUCCUGCCUUGAUGCUGCCUGGGCACUCCCUUCCACCGUAAGUGUGGGUGAGAAGGAGUGGGGCCCAUGAGGGUCCCUUCUCCUGUGAGCUCGAAGCUGGUACAGGACAAACAUUACAGAAGUGUUGGGAGGGGACUGAGGAUUUGGGAAGGCAUCUGGUAUGGGAGCAGAGGUGGCUAGUGCAUUUUGGGGGGGAAAGAGGCUGGCUUGCUGCAGAGAUCACUGUGGGCAUCUCACCUGGCCCUGCCUUCCCUGCUUUGUUCAGCAGUUAGAAAGCAAAACCGAAAACUGGGUCUAGGUGGAUACAUAGGGACACUUGCCUGCAUCCCAGAUAUUUUGAAGAUUACUCCCCACAACUUCUCAAAGUCCACAGUAAGGUGAGCAAUAAUAGAAUCUUGUUAAAAGCCAUAGAGAUUAGUGGAGGAAUAUCUUGGUUACAGGUUUAUCUUGCCCAGACUGCUGGAUAGCAGAAGAGCAUGUGUAGCACUGGUGUGAAGCUGAAACUUCCUACUCAAAACACAAAAUUAGCCAACAUUUAAAAAAAAUCAAAGUCUCUGGUAGGCAGUAAUGCUCAGAUAAAAAAUAUGCAUGUCUAAAAUAACAACAGCUUUCUGCAACUUAUUCUGUAAAUAAAAGGAACAGCAAAGGCACAGGAUCCAGAACUAAGUGCAGAUUCUCCCUAAACUCCAAGAUCUUGUUUUUAAUUGAAAAGUAAAUUCAUACUCCAAAAUAGCAGCCUUGCAGUACAUCUCUUAACUUUCCCCUGCAUUUAUUUCUAUCAUGUUUCUUUAUGCUUUGAGAGUGACUGGAACCUUUAAAAAAUUUACAUUGCUUUUGGAGCUGUAGGACUCUGCAUCUCCAGAAUAUUCAGUUAUUCCUUGGUUUUAUAACAGCAUUGCAGUCAUUUUCCAGUUGGUCUGAGGAGAGGACUGCAUAGACCUGUUCAACCAAGAGCACCUCAGAAACCAAGAGCAGCCUGGAUGUGUGAUCUCUUUGCAGGAGUGAAGGUCAAAUUGUUUAUGGGCUGCUCCCAGCCCCCUGCAUUGAUUUGAACACCCCACACUUGAAAAGGGAUUUUCCUACUCCACUCUGCUCAGUGAUAACACACGGCUGUGUUUCAUAGCCUAAUGCCAGCAGGAAUCUCUGUUGAUAUCUCUCAGAAAGAACAACACCUGGUUAGUUGGCUGCCAGGACCCACAAGGAGCUGCUCCCAGCAACAGCCAGCACCUGUACUUAGCAAUAUUGGUAACCUGGUCCACUUGGCCAGGACGCUUUGGAGGUGACAGCUUACUCCUUACAUUUGUUUUCAAGUCAAAUAGUCUAAAUCAGAUACCAAAGAUUAAAAUGUACCUGCAGUGGGCCUAGAGCCAUCAGUAAUCCAAACAGUGGAUGAUGCAUAAGGGGAAUAUAGGGAGUGAAGGGCUGGUUGGCAUUACUGGAGCUUUCUUCUUCUGUCCCUAUGAACUGCAGAUCAGAAUUCAUCCUCUUGGGAAGUCAUCUUGAAGGUAGGAAUUCAAAGUAGAAUAAAUCCACUCCAGUCCAAGCAGUGUGUGUGGGCCAGGACACACAUCUCCUAAGAUUACUCGGCACAGCCUCUAAACCCUCACUCUUUUGAGCAGAGCAGAGUCCUGCUUCAGUCUCCACAAGCUGCAGGAAAUCAGGAAAACAAAGUGAGAUGUCAGUCCUCCAGGGUCUCCUGGGCAGCUCAGGGAGCCAGGAAUGAGGCUGGUCACUUGGGCGAGAGCUGCUUCUCCAUACACCUACCCACAGUACCGGUCGCAUUUGCUUCUGCCAUUGUUGCCACUCUCCAUUUUUGGAGGUUGUUUCAGAGAGAAGAGAGACAGUGAUUUAAGGCUACAAAAAUACCUGAACACUUAAACAGGAUUUUUAUAUUGUCUAAAGCCAAGUGAUUGAGACUGAUCACAUCCAACCAUUUAUAGUCUAGGUUGUCCUUUCCCACAUCAUUUGCUCUUCAGUCUCCCUUUUGUAUUUCUUUUUUAACUCACCCCCAACAUUGUGAAGCACAAGACUGAGGAACUGAUCUGUGUUAAAAUGAAACAUUUUUCAUUUUUUUCCCCUUCGUUGAAAGCUUUGUUUAAACCUGGUUUUGGUGGCUGCUCUGUUCUGUCACUGUUGUACAGACACUUGUGCCAGUGCAAGGAAAGGAUGAUCCAGGAAAGGCAAGGCUGGUAUAAGCUAGGACUGACACAGAAAGCAGUUGGGAAGUUAAUGGCCCCAGUGUCAAGAAAAAAUGAAGAAAGGAAAUCUGAGUCUCCUGCAGUGGUCCAGUUAGCAGCAAAGAUGGGGCUUUUAAAUAUGCCACUAUGGGUGUUACCCUUGCAGUGUCCCACAAGCAGUUUCUCUGGCAGUCCCGAUGCUGUAAAUCAGGUAAAUCCCGUUUCUGCAGAUCCCAGAGGACUCAAGUGUUUCACAAGUGAAAGAGAGCAGGUUGGGAAGGGGACUCUGCUCCCAUGCAGCCAGCCAGCUGUAGCAGUUGGAGGCUCCUUGUUCAGGCAGAUCUGAAAGGCAGCCUGCCCUUCCCACAUCUGCCUGCUGCUGUACUGGAGCACACUCACAGCAGUUUAACGGGAAUUAUUUUGAAUGUGAUGAGCUUGGACUGAGCUUUAAUAUUAGAGGAAAUAGAAGGUGGUCUAAAAGUUCAAGGAUCAAUUGUUCACUAAUCUGAGGUGUGACAUAUUUCACAGUUCCCUAAUAAGGAGAUUUGCUGCAGAAGAGGGGUUCUGCACACCUGUACUUUUAAAAUAAUACAUAUUUCCAGAUCUGGAAUUGAUAAAACAUUUAAAACUGAAGAUAAUAUACCAAGCACCACUGUCCCUAUCUGAUUCCUGCUACAGUCCCAGGAGCAUCUCUGGGCCACUCCUGUGUUUUGUCCAUUAAAAAAGUAAAUCAACUACAGAUUAAAAGUUGGAAAGGAAGAUGAAAAAUGUAAUACAACCUUCCUAUUAACCUCAUAUUAACCCCAAGGACAUCACAGCAUUGAGUUAUUUGUUUUCAUGUACAAAAGAGAUAAAACAAGCUGCUAUGUAGAUCUACUUCUGAUUUUCCACCCUGCUUCUCUAGAAGGGCUUAAAGCCCAUCUGCCCUUCACAACAGAGCUCAACCUACAGAGGAAUUGAGUGGCCACCUGCAUGGAGGGUUGCUCCUACUCAGGACAGACAGCAUGGUAAAAACAAGGGUAAAAACAAGUGUGGAGGAAAGUGCUAGUCCUGGACACCACUGCAUGUCCUAGGGAGGGACACAGAGCCCUGCCCAGCAGAGCUGUGUGGCUGUGCAGCCUUCUGUUCUGGUGACAGGCAGCCAUGCAGAUAGCUCCAAGUCCUGACCACCCCUAGAGUAGAGCUUGGCAUGGCCUCUGCACAGCCCUGAGCAUUUGUCCCAUCGUAGCAUUUCCUGAUGGUUUACAUCCAGAUCAAAUUGUUUACAGGGAAAGGAAGAAUGUGAACUACAACAUAAAAAUUAUUUGCUGACAGAGUUUUGAGAGCUUCCUGGGACCAGCACCUGGGGAGCAAUCUUUCAUGCUUACUUCAUGCAUCAUAUCUCGUGGGCUUAUGUGCACAGUUUUUCUGACAGUAAGUGUAACAUCAAGUAUGAUUCAUGUUGCUGCUGGUUUAUGACCUCUCUUAGUGCUAAUUACCUGUUUUCUGUUAAAUGUAUAAAUAAAAUGUAAAUGCCAAUCUGUUGGAAAUCAAUGAGA